AUGUCACGUGCGCUAUUCAAGACACUGCGGCUGUCUUCGCAACUUACACCUCGACCUUCCUCACCCUCAACAAUACCGCGCAUCACACUGUCCACCGCACAAACCCGAUGGAGUUCCCAUUCCCCGCUUGGCAAGCCGCCCACAAACGCCCGCAAACCCGUCACCCUCAACACCUUGCAGGGACUCUACCGCAAGGGUGAGCCAAUCACCAUGGUCACAGCCCAUGACUUCCCCAGCGCACAUGUCGCCGAUCAUGCCGGCAUGGACAUGAUACUCGUUGGCGACAGCCUCGCCAUGGUCGCCCUCGGUAUGGAAGAUACAAGCGAAGUCCUAAUGGAAGAAAUGCUUCUGCAUUGUAAAUCUGUCGCGCGCGCCACAAAAUCCGCCUUUACUGUCGGCGACCUCCCCAUGGGCACCUACGAAAUCUCCCCCGCCCAAGCCCUCCAAUCCGCAAUCACAAUGGUCAAAACCGGGCGUGUCAAAUCCGUAAAACUAGAAGGCGGCGCCGAAAUGGCCCCUACCAUUUCUAAAAUAACAUCAGCUGGAAUUCCCGUCCUCGCUCACAUCGGCCUAACCCCCCAGCGCCAAAACGCUCUAGGCGGCUUCCGCGUCCAGGGCAAAACCACAGCCUCAGCACUCACCCUCCUGACAGAUGCGCUGGCUGUCCAAGAUGCAGGCGCCUUCGCAGUCGUGCUUGAAGCCGUGCCCGCCCAAGUCGCGGGCCUCGUCACCCGACAGCUGCGCAUCCCGACGAUUGGGAUUGGAGCCGGCAAUGCGUGCUCCGGGCAGGUCCUCGUCCACGUUGAUAUGCUCGGCAAUUUUCCCCCAGGCCGCUUCCUGCCCAAGUUCGUAAAGCAAUAUGGAAAUGUGUGGGGUGAGGCCCUGGGCGCGCUCGAGAGGUAUAGGGAUGAGGUUAAGACGAGGGUGUAUCCAGAGGAGAUGCAUACGUAUCCCAUGUCGCAAGAGGAGUUUGAUGAGUUUGAGCGAGUAGUUGAGGAUGAGAGGGAGAAGGUGGAUUUGUUGUGA